AUGUUAGGAAGCAUAUUCAUCCUGCUGGACGAGACGGAUGUAAGGUUACUGAUGCAGGUGUGGUCAGCACGUACUGGGCAAAAGCAAACCGCAGGGACAGAGACACCUGGUCCACAUGACAUGUUGAGGACGAUGGUGACGAGUGGGUACAGCUCAACUGGUGACCUUGGAUUGCUGCAGCUGGAGAAGGACAUGAUGGCAGCUGGGAUCAGCCUUCCAGCUGUUGUGCGAGACAUUCCAGGAAUACCCAAGGAGUUACAUUACGUUAAGACCACAAAGGCUUUUGUGGGACCAACGGGUGGGGAGAUGGAGAUUUCCAGUUUUGCCAAGCUUGUUGUACCGCCAGAGAUCCUUCAGCAAGAAACAGCUGUCAGCAUCUCCAUCGCAGACAUACCUGGCAUCUUAAGGGGUGAAGAAGGCUUCAGCUGGCUCUCCGACUACCCCUGGUCCCUCGGUGAGGACGCCUACCCACGUGAGCUACUGGAUCAUGUGCUGUUCUCCCCGGCUGUCGACGUCAACCUACACGGUGCACAGCCUGAUGGACCCAUGGAGCUACAGACGUGGCGGCCUCCUGGUUCUGAAGGCAUGGAGUGUGUUCUGCUGAAGCAUUUUGAUGGAGAAGGCUGGGCAGAUAUCACAGCUUCAACUACACACCAGAUACAUUCGGACAAACUGUCCAUAUCUAUGCAUACCUUCUGUCCCCUAUGUGUGGUGUGGACCACGCUUGUCGAUGUGGGAAAGCUGAUGACAUCCGUGCUGUCGUCAAGAACUUUAGAUUGUAGGUUUUCAGCGUACAUCAAGUCACACGAAGAGGACGUAGAUUUCCAUGUCGUCUGUAGAGAUAAGGGUGUUGAGAAAGAAGAGUACCGCCCUGGGUUCGAGGUGUGCGGAAGCAACAAAGCCAUGUUCGAUCUUUAUCAUAGGAAUGAUAUUGAAGUUGCUGUCAGUGUCCAGAAUGGCCAGAAAGAAUCCAAGAAAAUAGAGCUUCGUGCCCAGCUCUGUUGUGAAGAAGACGGACAGAACGUUCAAAUGUUCCUGGAGAGGCCAAAUGGAAGACAUCUCAAGGGUGAUGUGAUCAUCAAGAGUACUCAUGAGCGACCCCCUCGGACCGUAUGUGAGUUCAAGUUCCGGGAGGUAAGAGCUUCUAAGAGAUGA